UAGGACCAAUAUCUGGCAUCGGAUAGUAUUUUGAUCGAAUAUGUUGUCGUGGUAUACUAUUGGCAUUGUAUUUGGAAUAGUCUGUAACACAUUCAUUUUUGUGGUAAUAAUAUCUCUCGUUUGGAAAGCCAAGAAGUUAGCAAAGCAGCUUGAAGAUAGAUGGAAAAACGUGAAAAUUUCAUCGGGUCGACGUUCAAAUAAGAAUGGCCAAUUACGUGAAGUGCGAAUACCUGGCGGGAAAACGAUGUUGCAACUACAAAUUGGCGGAACUAUCUCUUCCACAUCAUCUGUUCAUCCCACAAGAGAAACGUGGUUAAAUAUUCAAGACUCAAUGUCAACUAAUGAUAAUCACACAGUGAGAACAACCAUGGGAGAUCUACAAGAAAUGUUCUCUGCGGCACGACAGUCACAGGAGGGUACCUCUUCAAGAACUAACGCUGCCAGUGGAAUAUAUGUCACGAACGUAACAAUUGAAAAGCCAUCGGAUAGUACGGCGUAAACUGAAGACUUCAUGACAAAUUGAUGUCAAUUAGAAGACAGCCUGCGCCCCAGAGGCCCUACAUUUUAGGGUAUAUUAAGUGACCAUCACUAGCUCAGUCUAUAUAGCUGGUACAAUAGACCUUUCUUAUAAUGACGUCAA